AUGAGCUGGCUAGAAUGAGACAACAGUUAGAAAAUGUAUCUGCUGAUAAAGAAGAAUUACUGAGGGCAUAUCAUCAGGAACAAGCAAUGGUUACUAGACUAGAGGAUCAAACACAAAGAAUGAAGCAAGCUAACAUAGUUCUAAAGGACAAAGUUGUGGCAUCAAGGCAGGCGCAGUCAGAGUUAAGCAGAUUACAUGGAGUUGAAAGGCAGCUGUCAUCGAAGCAGGAAGAAGUUAUAUCUCUUCAAAAAAUACUCUCAGGGUUCCAAAACACAUGGGAAUUGAGUCAUAGAGAAGUGUCUUUGUUAGAAGAGCUGGGUAGAGGAGGAUAUGGUGUAGUAUGGGUUGGACAAUUAAAAGUCCGCUGUCAAGAAGUUACACGAACGGAUAGUGAGCCAACAUAAUAUGGAAACGUUUCAUCAUGAGAUUGAUAUAAUGUCACAGUUACGUCAUCCUAACCUCCUCCAGUUUAUAGGAGCUAUAUUAGACCAUCCAUCAGGUUGCCCCAUGAUUGUCACUGAAGUAAUGGAUACCUCACUACGUGAAGCUUAUGAAAGGAGGGAAUUGACUCCUGACCCAGGCUGUAGACCAGUGAUUCUCUCUAUAUUACAUGAUGCAGCUGUUGGUUUAAACUACCUACACUGUCUACCUGAUCCUAUUAUUCAUCGUGAUGUCAGCAGUGCUAAUGUACUCCUUCAAUCAAUUGCUGGGACCAGAAAAUGGAAGGGAAAGAUAUCUGAUUUUGGAUCAGCUAAACUUGCACAAAAAGCAAUCACUGAAGGGCCAGGAGCAUUUGCCUAUAGUGCACCUGAAGCCUUUCAAAGCAUUGCAAGUCAAGAUCCUACUAAGAAGCAAACUACAAAGAUGGAUGUAUUCAGCUAUGGUGUUUUGCUUUGUGAAAUAAUAACUUGCCGUUUUCCAAACAGAGAUAUUUUUCGAGGCAUGCUUCAUCAAGUGCACGGCAUUAGCAACAGACCAAGUGGUACUAGAGAUACACAAGGCUCCCUUCUCCAUUCUCUCAUUGUAUCAUGCUGUCAUGAUGAUUCUUCCAGACGCCCAACAAUGAAAGAAAUUAUUGAACAACUUGACAUUAUAUCAAAGUAAAAACAAAAAUUCCUAAUUUUUUCUACUUAUUGGUACAAUUUUUGCAAGUGAAUUUAUGUUUAGUGUGUGUCCUUAACUGAAAAGUUAAGAUUUUAAAAUUUAAAAUACAUUACAAAUUAAUUUUAAAACAGGCUCCACCUGUUGUUGAGCUCCUCC